CUCGACCGUACAAGCCCUACACGGAGGUACUGGCAGAUACAUCAUUCACUGAUACAGGCACUGGAUGGGCUACCAGUUUUGAGCGUCGUACGUGCUCUCGCUUCUGAAUUCCCAGGUUUACAUACAAGUGUAACUAAAGCUGCAUCACCCAGCUUAUGGUGCUGGUACCAGAAGUGGCCGUUGCGGUUUCAGUGAUGGGGUGGUUCCUGUCGCCUCACAUCACCGAGCUCAUGAAGGUUGCACGGGACUGCGCAACCACCAACUACAUGCUCUAUUGGGGCGGCAAGAAGAAGCUGGAAAAGCUGGUGGAGGAUCUGGAGGACAUCAAGCGCCUCCUCGAUCCAGCCAGCACGGCCUUCGUCAAGAACCAAGCCAAGCUCGAGCAACUAUGGAGGCUCAAAGAUGACAUUCACGACAUCGAGGAGAUUUUGGACUCGUUUCAAGUGGAGAUCCGUAACGCCGAGGCAACCAGUAGUAGUAACCUAAGCAAGAAGAAGAAGAUCUACGAUAACAAAGUUAUGUUAAUGGGAAAACUGGUGAAAGUGCUCAAGAGUGUAGGCGAGACUCGGAAAAGGGCACGAGAUCUCCAACGCGGUGCACAACAGGGUGCACCUUGUUCCAUCUUGGCAAGAAGAGAAACGGGCCCGAACUCGGUGAGGGACCAAAAGAGCUUCUUUGGGUACCAAAAGGAGUAUGCCCAGCUGAUCUCCUUGUUGCAGAAGCAGCCCGAUGGCAACAAAGUGGACAUCAAGGUGAAGCUGGUAAUCGCCAUCGUCGGCCAUGCCGGGAUGGGGAAGACCGAGCUUGCUCGCCAGGCGUUUCGGACAGCCGAAGAUAAAUUUGAUCUUGGCAUAUGGGUGCACGCCUAUGGCAAGAACACCGAAUUCGAGCUCCUGAAAGAGAUCUGGAAGUCUGUUGCCGGUCACAAACCGGUCGGCGAGAUGAACGUCGCAUGCCUCCAGAGGGAACUCAGGGAGCUCUUGGCGUCGAAGAGGUGCCUUCUGGUGCUGGAUGACGUAUGGAACCAUGAGUUGGCGGCCGACGAGGCGGAGAGGAAGCAUGCAUGGCAGGCGCUGGACCUGUUUACACGCUGCGCCCAAGAUGGAAGUAGAAUCGUGAUGACGACUCGAGCCAAGAUAUGUUCGGCAACGUUCAAAGCAGAUGCAAGCAUCAUUUUGGAUGGGAUCAAAGACAAGGAGAUGACAUUUCUGCUCAACCACACUGCCAAUGGUACUACCGAGAAUAGUGACCAUGGGGUUCAGGAACGGAUAGAGAAGCAAGUCUCGAAGCUCAAGGGGUCCCCAUUGGCAGCCGUAGAGAUCGGCGAGGACUUGGAGCAAAAGACCACAAGCAAAGAGAAGUGCGACAUCUUUGACGACAUUCAAAGUCAUCUGGGCACUGUAUACCAGCAACAUUUGUUCACGUAUCAGCAUCUGCAGCCGCACCUGCAGCGUUGCUUCCAGUUCUGCAGCAUAUUCCCAUACAACUGGAGGUUCGAGCCUGACAAGUUGUGCAAGAUGUGGAUGGCCCUUGGUUUUGUUGAGGAAAUGACCCUUAGCACUGGAGUGAGCAGCAUGGAAGAUGUCACCAGAGGAUACUUUGACGAUCUGGUGAAUCGUUCCUUGUUCCAGUUAGAACAGAGCAAGGGUGGAGGAGACAAACAGGCUCGUUACGUGAUCCAUGAGCAGAUCCAUUGGAUGAUACGGCUGGCCUCUAAGAAGAACUGCAUCAGCAUCUCCGGCGACAGUACCAGCGUAGCCAAGACAAGCAUCCCUGAAACGGUUCGCCACUUGUCAGUUGCUAGCAACUGCCUUGAUGAGCUCAGGAAGAAAUAUCCUAGUUCGGUGCUCAACAAGAUGCGGACUCUGCUAGUCCUAAAGAAUGAUGAUGAUUCCAAGUCGUCGACUGUUGACAAAGGUAUACUCAAACUGUUCAAGGGCGUGAGAGUACUGGACCUGACAGCAGCAACAGGCCUGACACAUCUGCCGGGAACAAUCCACAAUCUGAAACAUGUCCGGUACCUUGGCCUUCCGAGCACCAUGAGGAAUCUCUGUGAUGAGGUCACCGAGCUAUUCUUUCUCCAGACAUUCAGCCUUGAUGGGAAGAAGCAGAAUACCUGCCGCUUGCAGAAGUUUCCAAAACAUAUGAACAAGCUCGUCAACAUGCGACACCUCGACAUCGACAUGGAGUGCAUCGCCAACAUCAACGGCAUCGGGAGGAUGGCUAAACUGCAAGGACCCAUCGAGUUUAAGGCCAUCAGGUCGUCGGAGAAAGAAGGGCACGCCGUGUCGGAGCUUGCGGGGAUGGACUCUCUGCGAGGGACGCUGAGCAUAAAGGGCCUCGACGACGUUCCCAGCAAGGAGGAAGCCAUGAAGGCUCGACUCGAGCAGAAAAGUGCCGUCAAGGUACUCAAGCUUGAAUGGGGGCCUCCGGAUCCACGGCGAGUUAACGGUGGACCUGCCGACUCCGACGCCGUUGCCGUCCUUGAAGGUCUCCAGCCUCACCGCGACCUCCACGAGCUGCGCAUCACGAGGUACCCUGGGGCGACGUCGCCGAGCUGGCUGGGCGUGAAGAUGGAGAAGCUGACGAGCCUGUACCUCAGGAACUGCAGGAAGCUCAACGCCCUGCCUGUCCUCGGUGAGCUCCCCUGCCUGGAGCUUCUGGAUGUUAAGGAGCUGUCCUGCGUCGAAACGAUCGACAGCGACUUCUGCGGUGCCGGCACGUUCCUGAAGCUGAAGAAGGUCGUGCUUGACGACAUGCCGGGACUGCUGUCGUGGGGGGAUAUGCCAAAACUGGCGUUCCCUGAGCUCACGGAGGUGAGCAUCGUAGACUGCCCCCGGCUGUCCUCCUUGUCGGGCUUAGAGCUCUGCGCAGGUCCCCUCAGCCUGCGGGUCAAGGGGUGCCCGCACAUCACACCGGAGACCCUGAAAGCAAUUACCGGUAUCUCCAACUACAAAUUCCACUAGCGAAUAGCAAUACGUGUCCUCGUGUGCAACAUUAUUCGGCUCCAUGUUGCCGCCAUUUGUUCGGUAUUUCCGGGUGAUAUGCUGAUUCUCAAAGUUUUAACUUUGUACUACCGUAUGUAUUUUUAACUUUGUUAAGUUUUAACUUUUUAAAA